AUGACUUGCUUGUACGGAGACGUACUGAGUUUAAAGCAGCUGUUGAGGGUCGACAAUAUCGUGAAUGCUGUCAGUUUUCAAACGAAUAACAAUAAUAUAUUUGCCCUGGUACUCAGCAGCAACGAUCUCAUAAUUUAUUGUGAUCUUGUUCCUCCAUCGCUUAAAUGGUUGCCUUGGCCCAAAGAUGAUGGGAAGAAAAUUGUUGCCUUGGCAUUCAAAUCCACUAGUGAAAAACUCCUUGUAUGCGGGUUUGAUUGCACUUUAUAUUUGGUAUUUGUUCGUGAAAUUUUUGAACCAAGAGAAGGAGAUCGAAGAAAUAAGGUAAAAAUUAUAAGACCAGCUCCCGGGGAACCUACUAGUUCCUUAAAUCCAACCGCGAUUACUUGGUGGACUCCUAUAGUUCCUACGUAUUCAAGUGAUAUUGGUAUUGUCGGCGGAAAUAUAGGAGAAAUUGUUUUUGUUAAUCUCCGUACUGGAGCUUGUCUUGGAUCUACUUGUGUCAAAUGUUGUAUAAAAUCUCUAGAAAUAUUAAAUGAAUUAUGUUCCAAUACAGUUUGGUUGAUUAUAAUCAGUAGUAAUGGAGAUCGUUGGAAACUAUUGCUUGAAAGUUUAGACAUUGGAUACUGUUGGCUAAAUCCUAAACCACAUAGUGUACAUGAUAAAACAACUAAGCCAACUAAUUCAUUGAAUAUUGAAACAAUUGUACCUGUUAUAUCAAAUUUUCCUUCUACACGUGCUCGAUUAUUGGGAUUACGACAAUUAUUUAUAGAAAAAUUAUCUGCACCAAAAAAACAAAGAUCUGUGAUCAAUUGUGUUCAAAGUGUGCCAAAUGAAGUAAAACAUCCAAAACGAAGUUUUUCAUCUGAUGCAAUCGCGUCUGGGUGUUCUUGUCCUAGUACUGGCCCAUCACCUGAGCCUAUUGCUAGUGUGGUUGACAUGAAGUCUAAUGUACAAAGUCAUCGUGGUAAACAAACUAUUGUCAGCUUUUGUUCUAAUCAUAUUUUGGUACACGCUUCUGGAUUUAACACUAAUCAACCUUUGGUCUACAAGUUGUUUAGAGGAGGGGAAAUCGAGAAGUUUUUAUAUACAGAUCAAUUUAUAUUUACUUCGCAAAAUGGUGGUACCAAAUUGAGUGUUUACUCAUCAAAUCUUUGCCAACUUAAAAGUGAUAUGGAAGAUGACAAAGAAAAAAGCCUGUUAGGUACUUUUAAUUUUGACAAAGGAGAAUUAAUUUUGGAUAUGUUUAGAGUGUUGGGGCGAAAAACAAAGGAAAGUUUAGAUGUUUCUCAAAGUGUUUCUCCCAAAAAUAAAAAUCGUUCCUCAACCAUUAAAAAAAAAAGGUGUGAUCGACAACAUGCCCGAAAAGAUAAUACUGUAUCUGAAUUAUGUGCAAUAGUUACUAAUUGUACAUUAUAUUAUUUGAAUUUAAGCAUUAAACCAGAAGAGAUAAUAUUUAAAAACGUUAUGGCUGGUGCUUUAGAACAUGCAAAUAAUUUGUCAGAAGCAUUUGAUGUUGAUAUACGACCUAUAUUGGAAAGAGCAGCUGAUCAACAGCUUAGUGCUAGAAAAUUUGAAGAAGCUACUCUACUUUAUCGACUGUCAAAGACAAAUCCAUUAAAACGUGUUCUUAGAUUGGCUUCUUCUGGAAAUACAGACAAAGUUGUUCUUUUUGUUAGUACACUUUUAGAACAAGCACAUCCAAGAGAUCUCACUGCUUUGGAAAGGUUACAUAUUUCAAAUUUAGCUGUAAUGAGCUAUACAGAGCAAUUAUUACGUGCUACCAGUCGAGAAAAAACAAGACUAGAAGCUAAAUUUUUGCGUUUAUUAUCAGAAAACAAUCAUUAUGAUGAAGUUUUAUGCGUCAAUAUUGUUGGUCAAAGUCGUUUAUGCAAUGUUUUGAGAUUUUUAGCAGUUGAAAGAGGAUUGCACAAUGAAGUUAUUACAGUAUUAGUCAGUUUAAUGAAUCAACAAUCUACUGAUAGUCAAUACUUGCACUUAACAGAAGGAUUUUGGGAUUUGGUGUCAGAAUCAAUUUUUACAGAAGUGUUGGUCGCCUGUAAUAAAUUUACAACACUUCAUUCUAAGUUUAUACAGACAAAUUUGCAUAAUGUGCCUCAUGAUGUUCUUUUGAAACUUAAAACACUUUACGACCCAACCAACCCAGCCUUACGACCAAUAUUACGUAAGGUAUUUCAAUUUAAAAAUGAAAGCGAGUCUAUAUCUGAACAAGAUAAUAACCUCAAUUAUUCUAUUAAAGAAUGGUUAACCACUUACCUAAUGAUAAUAUCCAGACUAUCUUCAAAUCAAUAUUCAGAUAAUUUUGUAGAAUCAGUGUCAUAUUCUCACCAACCUAUUUCUAAUGUCUCUGAUUCUGAAAAUGAGAUAGAACAUAAGUCUAGUCUUGGAGCUGGUUGGGCUCAUGCAGCUCAUAUACGUAACCAUAAACUUUAUACAUGGGGACAUUCAUCAUACGGUUGUUUGGGUGUUGGACCACAUAUGACUAAAACUGCUACUCCAAAUCCAGUCUCUUGGUUUGUUUACAUACGUGUGGAAGUUAUUCAAGUGGCAUGUGGUCGAAAUCAUUCAAUAGCUCUCACUACAAAUGGAGUCUAUUCUUGGGGAUCAAAUCAUUAUGGUCAAUUGGGUACUGGCCGCCGUGGUCAAGCUCCGUAUCCAAUGUUAGUGGAUAGUUUAUCUAACGAAUUGAUAGUAAGUGUUUCCGCUGGCCAAUAUCAUUCUUUAGCCAUUUCUGCAAGUGGAAAAUUGUGGACAUGGGGUUGGGGUGUUUAUGGUCAACUAGGUCAUGGAGCUAUUGACGACUGUGAAAAACCAAAACUAUUGAAGGCCUUAGAAAAUGAAAAUAUUAUUAGUGCAUAUGGAGGUUAUUCACAUAGUAUUAUUCUUACAAGCAAUGGAAAAGUUUUCACUUUUGGUUCUGGUUCAUUUGGUCAGUUAGGUAAUGGUAGCACAACAAAAAUUACUAGUCCAGUACCAGUUUAUGGACUCCCUGAACCAAUUAAGUGUAUUUAUACAGCUUAUUUUCAUAAUUUAGCCUUGAGCGAUGUUGGUCGUUUAUAUACAUGGGGUAGUAGUCCACAAGUACUUCGGUUUCAUGCACAAUCACAAAAACGAGCUAGAAAUCAACUAGUGUUAAAUGAAGGUGAUCAAGCGGACGAUGCAGAAAUUGAUGCUUUGACUGCUGAUGAUGGCUUAUUACAUUUAAGUCCAACACUUGUGGAUACAUCCCAUAUUUCUGGAGACAUUUUUCAAAUGUGUUGUGGCUGUCACCAUUCAGCUGUUAUUAGUACAACUGGACAAUUAUAUACUUGGGGACUUAAUUUAGAUGGACAAUUAGGUGUAUCAGGUAUACGUGAGAGACUCGUUCCAACAGUAACAUUAGUUGGUCCACCUUCAGUUAUAGUAGACUCAUCAUCAACUAGUGGCUCACUAAUAAAAGAAGUUAGGUGUGGAGCUGAUUUUACAUUAGCUUUAGAUGCAGCUAAUAAACUUUGGGGCUGGGGUAGUAAUCAUGAAGGACAAUUAGGUAAAAUUCCAGAAGAAGACUUGGCCAAGACAUUAUUAGAUGGUAAAAUGGUCAUGAUAAAAUCAACUAAUAAAGUAAUUAAAAUCCAACAUGGCACUGUAAAUAAGUUGGACUCUCCAAUUGAAAUAUUAUUGCCUCAAUUAAGAUUUUCAUUUUCCAACAUCAAAGAUAUACUUUCAAUUCAGGUUAAACGUCGUAUUAAUUUUCCCGGUUUACCUUCAUUUGAGUGCCUUCUUGAAAACCUGAAUUGUGUAUCCAGUUUAUAUGGUAUAGAUUAUUUGUUACAUUAUGCAAUAGAGUGGUUUUAUCCUUAUUAUAAUAUUUCUCCUGUCGUCUCAAUGUGUCUUGAAAUUAAAAACCAUCAAGCAAUUAGCAAAAUUCGAUUGAUAAAUAAUGAACCUUCUACAGCAUUGUUUCAUCAAUUUGAAGCAUUUGUAGAAACAAGAAACUAUGGAGAAAUGUUUGGAUUUAAUGUAGAAGGUGGUCAUGAAGAACGGGCUUCAACUCCUCUUACACCAUCUGAAGGCUUCACUAUUAACCUUGAAGAAGGGGAGCUAUUAACUUCUCUACCAGAAUCGUUUGCACUGCGAACGGCCACUGAGGAAACCAUUAUAAAAGAAUGGCCUGGAGUUACUAAACUUUCUCAGAUGUUUGAUUAUUAUUUCAAAUUCCUACUAAAAGAUAAUUUGGUUUCAUUUUUGCAUGAAUAUCUUACAUACUGGUUGACUAAGUCUUUCCCAGUUGAUGCUUUAGAACAAUUAUUAAUGGAUAGAUGGGAUCAACUCAAUCAUUCAUUGGGAAUUCUGUUACUAUGUAACAAUGACGUAUCAAAAGCAUGUGACCUUCAUGAGUUGAAUAUAAAAAUUAUGGAACCUAAAAAGAUUUUGAGAUGUUUUUCUGUGAAUUUUUGUAUGGAACUAUGUUCAUCUGUUUCAAAAAACAUACAAACCAAAUCUGAAGAUCAAAGAGACUUUAUACAAUUAUUGGCCACUGUUACUAAUUCACCAGGUUCUGCAUGGAUUGAACCAGUAUCAGAAACUGAAACUGAAGAUUUACUAAACCGUUCAGUACAAGCACUUAAUACUGAUCAACAGCAACCAUUUAUGCACUUAGAGUUUCAAGACACGGAAAUUUUGGGAAACACAUUAUUAGCAUACUCUUGUGGCCAUCGUUAUUUAUCAAAUGAACAAUUUAAUAUAGAUUCUCAACAGGUUGUUGCUCGUUUAGAUAAUUUACCCAAUACUGCUGUAGCUGUACAAUCAGUUCUACAAGAUAUUAGUAAUUCAGCUUGUCCAAAUUGUGUAUAUGAACAAAUAAAUAAUCUUAUUCAAAGAGAUUAA